GACGUCGCAAUCAUGGCCGACUCAAUGGCCGAAGAGCACCCCCGAAAGCGCAUAAGGCUUGAAGAGACAGCUGCGCAGAACGAGGAUCAGGUGGAUGAGGAGGUCAAGCGAGAGCUCCGCGCGGGAAUAACCCAUUAUGUUAAUCCGGACACACCAGGCUUCAGCGGCAUACUGAAGCAAAGGUAUACGGACUUCCUGGUUAACGAGAUCGAGCCCAAUGGCAAGGUAUUGCACCUCACAAGCACUGCUGUUCCAGUCAAGAUCACCGACCAGACAGCAUCGGACAAACAAGUACAUCCCAAUGACGAACGUUCUGCGGCUCAAGUGACUUCGGGAACGCAGAGCCAGAAAUCAGCGGCGGGUGGAGAUAACAGCAACUCUGCCGGAGGAGGUGUUAGCAAUGGCGAGGCAAAUGAUGACGACCCAACAAAAGUAAAUAGUCCAUAGAUCCACUACCCCCACUUGCUUCUAACUAGCUUCAGAUUACAGACGAGCAGAUAGAAGAGCUGGUCGACUUGUUUGGCGAGCCUUGUGUUGGGGCAGUAAUAAAGCUCUAUCAUGAUGUUCUCAAAGAUCCCGAAAGAAAAUCCAAGGACAUGCGUACGAUAAGUACCUGGCCGAUCGACGAUAAGUCCCGCCGAGGAAAAGCUCACGAAGCGAUCCGCCGCAUAUUCAGAGGCCAUUUGGCGUCGCAGCACGCAGAAAAAAAUCAGAUCAUCAUCAGCAAAUCAGUAAAAGUGGGACGUGGUGCUGAUGGUUCUAGGUGGAGUCGCCAUGAUGCCGGAAACAGUCGUGGCAAGGGAAAGCUAGGCUGGGACGAACUCGGUGGAGAGUAUCUGCAUUUCACACUACACAAAGAAAAUAAGGAUACUAUGGAAAUUAUCAGCUUCCUUGGUAGCCAGAUCAAGUGCGCCCCCAAACAUUUCCAGUUUGCUGGGACCAAGGAUAGAAGAGCAGUCACAGUGCAGAGAGUCAGCGUUUACAGGCAGCAUGCAUGGCAGCUUGCUGGCUUGAACAAAGUCCUGAAGCAUGGCUCCAAGAUUGGCGACUUCAAAUACGAGACGUACGGGCUGGAAUUGGGAGCGCUAUGGGGUAAUGAGUUCACUAUUACUUUGCGUGACUGCCAUUUCAAGGGAGAAGAAAGCAUGUGGACCUUCAAGGACCAACUCGAGCUGGCUAGGAAAACUGUGGGCGAUGCAGUCGCACGCCUUCAGGAGAACGGAUUCAUAAACUAUUACGGUCUUCAGCGCUUUGGUUCUUUCUCUGCAGGCACGGAUGAAGUCGGAAAGAAAUUGCUCCAAGGCGAUUUUGAAGGCGCUGUCAGCCUCAUCUUUGACUUUCAUCCAUCCGCUUUGCAAGCGGGCCAAGAUCCCAAUUCAGAGGCGAAGAUCUCAACCGACGAUCGAAACCGCGCAGUUGGCUUGGAUAUCUGGAAACGAACUGGUAACGCAAAUAAAGCCCUCGAGAAGAUACCGCGAAAGUUUUCCGCUGAGUCGAAUAUAAUCCGAUACUUAGGCUUGGAGCGAGGGGGCAAGAAAGUUCGUGAAAGAGACUUCCAGGGCGCGUUGGGUGCCAUUCAGCGAAAUCUGCGGCUUAUGUACGUUCAUGCGUACCAGAGCCUUGUGUGGAACAAGGCCGCAGGAAGGCGAUGGGAGCUAUACGGAAACAGAGUUGUGGAAGGAGAUCUCGUCAUUGUCGGCGAUAAGGAAUCUAAGGAUGACGAUAUCGAAGCAGAGGUUGAUGAGGAUGGCGAGCCAAUCAUUCGUCCUGCCGCAGCGGACAGCGCAGCCACAGACGGAGACUUCACGCGAGCACGACCGCUCACCAAAGCAGAGGCAGAGAGCGGAAAGUACGAUAUUUUUGAUGUUGUGCUUCCUCUGCCGGGCUGGGAUAUCGUCUACCCGCAAAAUGAGGUUGGUGCGUUCUAUAAGGAGUUUAUGGGUAGUGAAGAGGGCGGUCGUUUAGAUCCUUACGAUAUGCGACGUCCGUGGAAAGACUACAGUCUUAGCGGCGGCUAUCGCAAGUUACUGAGUCGCCCGGCCCCUGGUAUGUCCUUCGAGGUUCGAGGCUAUGCUGAAGAAACGCAGCAGCUGGUGGAGACUGAUUUGGAAAGGCUGGAGAAGAAGGAAAAGGCCGAAGCGAACGGUAACGAGAAAGAUGAAGUUGCUGGAGCAGAGGCGAAGUGCGCCGAGGGAGACAAGUUCAUCGCCGUCAUUCUGCACAUGAAGCUUGGCGCGAGCCAGUACGCUACCAUCGCUUUGAGGGAGCUGCUAAAAGCAGGCGGCCUGAAGACCUUCAAGGCUGAUUUCGCCGGGCGUGGUUAAUGAAAGACAUAGAACCUGAAAUGCAAUGCUAGAUCUUCCUGAAAUAA